UCACUCAGAGCAGAACGGAGCGUCUCCUCUCAGAGUUCAGAUCACUCCUCUCUGACUGAGACUCUACUGGGUCUGAUACCGGGACAGAACCAGCACAGACCAGCACCCGGACCAGACCAGAGACCAGGACCUGGACCAGCACAGAGACUAGGACCUGGACCAGGACAGAGACCAGGACAGAGACCAGAACCAGAACCAGAACCCGGAGCGGAUCAGAGGCUGUCUGUCCAGAGGUCAAAGGUCAUCCUGCUGCAGACGCUGAGGAACAAUCCUGCGGCUGUGUGCGCCCGCUGACAUCAUGUUUUGUUCUGUCUCUGUGGUUUGAGCUGUGGGGCGGUCGUGACCUGUGGGGGUCAAAGGUCACAGUGAUGCCAUCUCAGAUCUCAGAGCAAUAAAAACAGCAGCUCCUCUGCUGCAGAUCAACCUGGAGUUUACACAGUCAGAUAGUGAAGCUGUUGGUGGUUUAACUGUUGUCUUCUUGUCCUCUUGUCUCCAGAUGGACAGCUGCUGUCUGUCCCUGCUGUAGGUCAGCGAUGGCCGCGGUGUUUCCUGAACGCGGAGGAGACCGAGUAACAUCCAGACCCCAUGUUGGUCGUCAUGGCGUCGCCGGAUGGAAACACUCCGGUUGAGACGCUUCUGUCAGCGAUCCAUCUGGAGAGGUCAGAGGUACCUGGACACCUUCCGUCGAGCCGGCCUCCUACUGGCUGGAGACUUCACACACCUGGACAACGACGCUUUGGUGAGCCUGGGUAUCGCCGCCACGGGACACAGGAAGAGGAUCCUACGAUUGGUCGGUUACAUUCAGAGGACGGAGAGUCAGAGAGCCAAUCAGAGAACCGAUCUCCCGCGUGACCGCUGUCAUUCUGUGACGGACAUCCCCUCGUCAGAGCGAGGUCACAGCGUCGCAUCGCCCCGCCAGUCAUCGGGACCCGUUAACUUCGAGGCGUUCAGGAACAGCUCGGCUCCGAACCUCGCCGCCAUGCUGACCGGCUCUGACAGCAGCAGACCCGUGGUGAAGCCAGUCCCCAAACCCAGAACCGUCUUCAACCGCCGCAGGACAGCGCCCGUCCACUUCUGUCCAACGCCAGAGCCUGCUCCGCCCCCGCCCAGGAGGCUCUCCCAGGAGUCCAUCUGUUUCACCGUGUUAGAGGGUCUGACACCUGAAGACAGGUUGACCUCUGACCUCGCCGACAGGUCGACCGCGCCCGGCCGCAGAGCGAACCAGACGGAGAGGAGGAGGGCCAGUCGUAGCUCGUCUCUGUCCGACACCGGAGGGUCACCAGGGUUACCUCCCGUUCCUCCGAGGCUGAACCGUGGGGUCCCCCCUGCCACGUUCCAGGGGUCCCCGCCCUCUUCCUCUUCUUCUUCACCUGUACGGACAGAGCAGGACCAGACACUUCCUGUGACUUCCUGUCCGGGUGGUCUUGACCACAGCAGGCUCUCUGGGUCCGCUGGGAUGGAGAUGGUCUCUAAUGAGAUCUACUGGGGGACUCUAUCUGGUUCUACUGCCCCCGGUGGAGGGAGGAGUCACUGCAGCCAGCCGUCAGCUCCUCCGACGCCGCCCAGACUAACACCUGACAGGAAGCCCGAGAGGAACAGUGGCAGCACUUUAAGUAACAACUCUUCAGGAUCAGCCAGAGCUUCAACAGACGACCCCGAGGAGGAGAUCAGCCCGUACUGUGAGACUGUUUUCCAAACCAGAAGAAAUCCUCACAUCAGUGAGGAAAGAGAGACGAGGAGGUGGGAGGACAAACAUGCAGAGGAUCAUGGGUUUCAGAAGUUGUCGUGGACGAGGCGUUUGUCUCAGGCUCUUCACUCCGGAGACUCUCAGGGUUACAGCACCGUCGGAGAGCCUCCCCCGCCCGUCCGCUACCUCUCGCUGCCCACCCACACCUUCCCCUCCGAGGCCGACGAGGACCUGACCAUCUCCCCCUACGCCAGCUACACCUCCCUGACCGAGAGAGCCCCGCCCAUCAUCAGCGGCUGGCUGGACAAGCUGUCUCCACAGGGGAACUAUGUUUUCCAGAAGCGCUACGUGAAGUUUGACGGCAAAAACCUGAUGUACUUCGGCAGUGAGAAGGACGUUUACCCUAAAGGAGUCGUCCCAAUAGCUGCCAUCCAGAUGUCCCGCCCAGCCAAAGACAACAAGUUUGAAGUGGUGACGAGUCACCGGAUCUUUGUCUUCAGGACGGAUAGUGAAGUGCUGAGGCGGCGCUGGGUCGCCACGCUGCAGGAACACGUCAGAGAUCAGCUGGUGUUCGGUCGGCGCCACUUCGGUCCCGGGUCUCACUGUCAGAGACACGGCGCCCUGGAGCUGAAGGGGACCAAGUCCAAAGUGUACGCCGCCAUCAACACGGAGCAGAUCUGGAUCUACAAGAGUGAACAGUGUUUUCAUAAUGGAAUCGGCAUCACGGUGAUCGAAGCUCGAGGAGCGACGAUCAGAGACGGAAAACACAAGAGCUUCGAACUCAUCACACCGUACAAAACCUUCAGCUUCACGGCGGAGUCGGACCGGGAGAAACGGGACUGGAUGGAGGCGCUGCAGGAGGCCAUCGCCGAGACGCUGUCGGACUACGAGGUGGCCGAGAAGAUCUGGUCCAACCGGUCCAACAGGAUGUGUGCCGACUGCAAGGCCCUGAACCCGGACUGGGCCUCCAUCAACCUGUGUGUGGUCAUCUGCAAGAACUGUGCAGGCCAGCAUAGAGGUCUGGGGACGAUGGUCUCCAAGGUCCAGAGUCUGAAACUGGACACCAGCGUCUGGAGCAACGAGAUCGUCCAGCUGUUCAUCAUGUUGGGGAACGACCGGGCCAACGAGUUCUGGGGGGCUCGUCUGUCGGUGUCGGAGGAGCUGGACUGUGACGCCCCCCCAAACCAGAGGAGGGACUUCAUCUCCCAGAAGUACAGAGAGGGACGAUACCGCGUCCCCCACCCGGCAUUCAGCACCCAGGAGGAGCUACUCAAGGUCUUGUGCUCGGCGGUCUCUGAACAGACUCUUCUGAAAACUGUCACUCACAUUUUCUCGGAGGCGGAGUCAGCUCGCCUCGCCGACGACGCCAACAGCUGCCAACGACAUCAUCAGCUGCUGGAUCACUGCACGCCGUCAGACCCCGGUGUUUACGAUGAGAUCAUGCAGCCCGUCCUUCAGUCUGGUUACCUCUACAAGUCCAGCUCUGUCCACAGGGGGACGCUGUCCAGGAAGACCAGAGAAGACUUCCAGAAGUUCUGGUGUUCGGUGGAUCAGUCUCUGCUCCUCUACGAGUCGGACCGCUCGGCUGAUCCCUGCAUGCAGAUCAGCGUUAAAGACAUCGUGUGUCUGGGCGUCACUCGACCCGACGCCUCCAACAACAACAACGGCUUCAUCGACAGGUUUCGUUACACCUUCGAGUUGUAUUUGACUUCAGAGAAACUUUAUCAGUUUGGUUUGGAGACGGCCGACGCUCUGCACAGCUGGACCAGAUCCAUCGGGAAGGCGACGACCCCCCUCAGCUGUCACUGCCUGCUGACCCGGGCGUUUGAACGGGUGGGCCUGCUGCGGUACCGAGCCAUGCUGGACCCUCAGCAGUGGAAGGAGGCUUACUUCGUCCUGCAGAAGUCCAACCUCUUCAUCUGUCCCGGAAACGACGGAGCAGCGGAAGACAUCAUCAACCUGAACCGCCUGCAGGAGCUCAGUAUCACCUCCGAGACCGACAACCACGACAAGAAGGACAUCCUGGUGUUGGUGGAGAAAGGAAGGACUCUCCACCUGCAGGGCGUCGGCCGGACCGACUUCUCUCUGUGGUACUCGGACAUCCAGCGAGCGGCCGGCGGUAAAGGAAACACUCUGAGGGAGCAGCAGCUGAGCAGGAACGACAUCCCCAUCAUCGUGGAUAGCUGCCUCGCCUUCAUCACUCAGUACGGUCUGGUCCACGAGGGGAUCUACAGGAAGAACGGGGCCAAAUCCAGGAUCAAGCUCCUGAUGGAGGAGUUCCGUAAAGACGCCCGGAUCGUCAAACUGCGGAUCGGAGACCACUUCAUCGAGGACGUGACGGACGUCCUCAAGAGGUUCUUCAGAGAGGUCGACGAUCCCAUCUUCAUGGCUGACCUCCACCCGCUGUGGCAGGGCGCCGCCAAAAUCCCUCAGAGGAGUCUGAGGCUGGACCGCUACAAAGAGAUCAUCCGGAGUCUUCCUCGAGUCAACAGGACCACUCUGGCUGCUCUCAUCAGUCACCUGUACAGAGUCCAGAAGUGUGCCGAUCUGAACCAGAUGUGCACUAAGAACCUGUCGCUGCUGUUCGCUCCCAGCCUCUUCCAGACUGACGGGAAAGGAGUGCACGAGGUGAAGAUCGUAGAGGACCUGAUAGACAACUACCUGUACGUCUUCGAUAUCGACGAGGAGCAUCAGACUCAGAUCGAGCUGGAAAUCAGCCUCAUCACCACCUGGACGGACACGCAGCUGUCUCAGGCCGGUGAUCUGAUCAUUGAGGUCUAUCUGGAGAUGAAGAUACCAGACUGCUGCAUCACUCUAAAGGUGUCUCCCACCAUGUGUGCUGAGGAGCUAACCAAUCAGGUUCUGUUCAUGAGGAACGUCCCGGCCGGAGACAAAGACGUCUGGAUGACGUUUGAAGCCAUCGAGGACGGACAGCUGGAGCGUCCGCUGCACCCCAAAGAGAAAGUCCUGGAGCAGGCUCUGCAGUGGUGCAAGAUGGCCGACCCGAGCUCCGCCUACCUGGUGGUGAAGAGAGUUCCUAAAGGAGACGGCAUCAACAUCCUCACCUCCUAUAAGAGUGAGACGAUGAAGGUGGGUCUGUUGAGGUGUCGUGAGGAACCUCCGAAGCUCCUUCAGGGGAACAAGUUCCAGGAGAGAACGUUCCAGAUCAGGAACCACAAACUGCUGCUGCUCAAAGACAAGAAGAGCAUCAGACCAGAGAAGGAGUGGUCUCUGAAGUCCAUGAAGAUCUACAUCGGCAUCCGCCGGAAACUGAAAGCUCCAAGCAGGUGGGGAUUCACUGUGAUGUCAGACAAACACCAGCUCUUCCUGUGCUGUCGCUGUGAGGCUGAGCUGUGGGACUGGAUCAGCAGCUUCCUGAAGGCUCAGAAUGACGACCCGGGUCCUCCGGUUCUGAGACGUCACUCCUCCUCAGAUAUCUCCAAGCAGAAGUUCGGCACGAUGCCGCUGGUCCCGAUCAGAGGAGACGAGAGCAACAGCAGCAUGCUGUCGGCCAAUCAGACGCUGAGAAAGUUACACGACCGAAGGACUCUCUCCAUGUACUUUCCCAUGAAGGUGCAGAAGGACUCGUUGGAGGAGCGUCCGGAGUCUCCAGACAUCCCUGAGCCGCUCUACGAGGAGGUCGGGGACUUCGGCCUGCAGGUCCUGAAGUCUCUGGAGACCAGCUUCCUGUCCAGCAGCGCCUCAGAGACCCAGGAGGUCCCGGACCUCCCGCCGCUCAGACUGGUUCCCCUGGAAACCGGACACACGGACCACGUGAUCGUCCCCGACCCGGUCCAGACUGUCGGCGUCUCUGUGGAGCCUCCGGAGCCUCCGGAGCCUCUAGAGCAGAGCGGAGGCAGCAGUGGAGGAGAGGAUGGAGGAGCAGAGUCUCUGGACCUGAACCAGCCUGCAGGGAGGAGGAGCAGGAGGAGCAGGAGGAGGCAGCAGGGAGGUUGUACGCCGUCACAGGAGCUGCUGCUGCAGGAGCUGUCCUCUGCUUUCACCAAGAAGACUGAGGAGGAGGAGGAGCAGCAGGAGGAGCAGCAGCAGGAGGAGCAGCAGGAGGAGCAGCAGCAGGAGGAGAAGCAGCAGGAGGAGAGGCCGUAUGAUGUCUGAGAGAACAGGAGGUCUGGUGGAGUCAGGAGGAACUGAUUUAUUGAUGUGAGGAGCAGUUUUCCUCCUGACUCUGCAGGUUUUAUAAGACCAGGAGGACUCAGGAGGAGGAGGAGCAGGAGCAGGAGGAGGAGGAGGAGGAGGAAGAGGAGUAGGAGAAGAAGGAAGAGGAGGAGGAGGAGUACUCUGAGGUCUGAGACAGCUGGUGAUUUAGAACAGUAAAUAUAUUAUAUUAUAUUAUAUUAUAUUAUAUUAUAUUAUAUUAUAUUAUAUUAUGUUAUAUUAUAUUAUGAAAUGUUAUAAUGUAACAUAUUAUUAUAUUACAUAUGUAUAUUAUAUAUCUUUGUAUUCUUUUAAUGCCAAAUAACAGAGUGUCGUCUUCUCGUCAGACUAGAACAUCUCCAAGGACACGUAUUACAUCACUUCCUGUUAUUAUGAAUGUUAUUGGUUGUAUAUUAAUAACUGUGAACAGUCUACUGUAAUGUUCUAUUAAAGAGCAUCAUCCUGUAUAAACAGAC